GACAGCCAUGACAUGAACCUGACGGAUCUAGGACUCAGCAAUGUCAUGAACCUGACCAACCUAGCAGCCGGCCAUGUCAUGAACCUGACCAACCUAGCAGCCGGUGAUGUCAUGAACCUGACGACAGCCCAGCCUGUCCAGCUGAUGACAGCCCUGCUGCCCAGCUGUGUCAAGGUCAUCAACAGCGUCCAGAAAGAGGUCAGGCACAGCGGGAAAGCCCGGAGAGAAAACACGGACGCCGAGUCGGAUUUUGGUGCUCUGGUGUACAUUGUGGUUGUCUUGGUCUUCUACUCGACAGGUGUGAUGGUCAUGAUUGUCCGCUACCUGAAGACGGAGAAGAAAGAACUGGAGGAGGAGGCGGCGCUGGAGAACUUCUUCAAGUACAUGCCGGACAGGAAACAGGAGCAGGAGCACCGGGUCAACCGGGUGGCCAUCCACGCCUUCCACACCCUCACCUCCAUCUCAUACGACGAGGACGAGGUGCAGGAGAUGGACCGGAAGUCCGAGUGUCCAACGCCGGAACCGCUCGUCUUCUCCUGACACACCCC